AUGCCGCCCUGGCGGCCGCCCAUGCCGCCCAUCCCUAAACCGCCCCUGUAUACUCCCAUAAAGACAUUUAAGAUCAAUGCUCAUAUCAUCUCUGUCAUGAUAGGCAUGACCCAUGGAGGCCAUCAGUCAAAGGAACAGAUGGAAAUGGCACAGAUGAGACAUGUAAAGAAUGAAACAAAACAGGAGGAGAAAACUGAGGAGAGAGGACAAUGGGGCAGUAAAGUGGAGUUCCUCUUGGCCGUGGCAGGAAAUGUGGUGGGUCUGGGUAAUGUAUGGAGAUUCCCCUACCUCUGCUACAAGAAUGGUGGAGGUGCAUUUCUUGUGCCUUACCUUGUGUUUGCGGUGACGUGUGGUGUGCCCUUGUUUCUGCUGGAGACUUCUAUGGGACAGUACACCCAAGAGGGUGGCAUCACAUGCUGGCAGAAGAUCUGUCCAUUGGCUGAAGGGAUUGGCUAUGCUGGCCAGCUAAUUAUGGUGUAUGGCUGCAUUUACUACAUCAUUCUUCUCUCCUGGUCACUUUUCUACCUUGUCUUCUCAUUCAGCUCCCAACUGCCUUGGGCCAGCUGUGACAACACAUGGAACACAGAUCAUUGUGUGAAUGUUGUUGCAAAAAACCUGACCCUCAAGUGGAUGAAACAGACCAACUCAACAUCUGCCACCACCGAGUUCUGGGAGAGGAGAGUUCUGUCUAUCUCAGGAGGCAUUGAGCAGAUGGGCGGUGUUCGAUGGGAAAUCCUCCUGUGUCUCAUUGCAAUGUGGGUCAUCUGUUACUUCUGUAUUUGGAAAGGAGUGAAGUCCACAGGCAAGGUGGUGUAUUUCACAGCCACCUUUCCUUAUGUUAUGCUGCUGGUGUUGCUGAUUCGUGGGCUGACUCUUCCAGGAGCUUGGGAAGGAGUCAUGUAUUACCUGUACCCAGAACCAUCUCGUCUCGCUGACCCACAGGUGUGGCUGGAGGCAGGAUCUCAGAUCUUCUUCUCCUACAGUGUCUGUGCAGGUAUACCUACUGUGCUCGGCAGUUACAACAAAUACCACAACAACUGCUACAGGGAUUGCCUGUUGCUUUGCCUGCUGAACAGUUGCACCAGUAUGGUGGCUGGUUUUACUGUGUUCUCAGUGCUGGGAUUCAUGGCUCAUCAGUAUGAUGCCCCUAUAGAUGAAGUGGCAGAAUCAGGUCCUGGUCUGGCAUUUGUUGCUUACCCUGAGGCAGUAGCAAUGAUGCCACUCCCUCAGUUAUGGUCUGUCUGUUUCUUCAUCAUGCUCAUCCUAUUGGGCCUGGACACACAGUUUGUUGGUAUGGAGGUUGUCAUAACGUCUGUGACAGACCUGUUUCCUUCAGUGCUCCGCAGGCCUGAGCGCAAGGAGUUCUUCCUCCUCCUCUUCUGCCUCACAUGCUUCUUCUGUCAGUUUGUCAUGGUGACAGAGGGUGGAAUGUAUGUCCUUCAGAUAAUUGACCACUACGCUUGUAAUGGAGCAUGUCUCAUCUUCAUUGCUGUUUUUGAAUCCCUUACCAUUGGCUGGAUCUUUGGGGCUGAGCGUCUGUGUGAAAUAAUUGAGGAUAUGACUGGGAUGUAUCCUAACAUCAUCUUCAGACUGUGUUGGAAAUACCUUACACCUCUAGUCUCUCUGGGGACUUUCAUCUGUUCUCUGGUGGAGUACAAGCCGUUAACGUUUAAUCGGCUGUAUGUGUAUCCAGACUGGGUGGAUGGUCUUGGCUUGCUGUUGGCUCUCUCCUCCAUCCUGCUGGUGCCAGGCUGGGCAUUUGGUCGAUUAUUGACCAGCAAAGGCAGCCUGAGACAGCGCUGGCUUAAACUGUGUUGUCCUGACAACAACCUCUCUUUGACCAAGAAGCAGAGGGCUGAGAAAAAGGACAUGAUCUUGGGCUCUGAGAUGGACAAUUUAACCACUACAGAGAGCACCACUGAAUACUAA